GCGGGCAAUCGCUUCGGUGCGGGGUGCCAUGGAAGUGGAAAGAUCUGGACGGCUUCGUUGGCAUCAUCGGCCCAUCACGUGCGCAAUGCUGGCCCUCCUCAUGGUGCCUCUGAUGCCGCUACUGGUGACAGCUGCACUGGUGUCCAAUGUCCGAUCUGCGAAGCUGCGCUACAACUCGCUGAUGGACUCGGCCACGGAGAGUGUCAAGCGACCGCUCCGGAGGCUUCUGGAACCAGCUGAUCCCCGAGCAUGGACGGUUAUGUCGGCUUGCCGUGUGCCAAAGAGAGCACGGAUGGCGACGCACAGGAUGCUACCUUUGCGGAGACGCCUUGACUGA